GCCCGCCUCGCUCUCCCGAAGCGACGCGAGCAGUGUCCAGCGUCGCCUGCUCUUCGCCCGCAGCUCCCCGCCUGACGCACGCGUACUGACGGGGGAGGGCAGGGAGUGCUUCUGGCGCACACGGCUCGCGGUCGGGGCGCAGGGGAGAUGCCGGGCCAGGGUCCUGAGUCCGACUGGACGGACAGCGGCUCUUUCGCGGAGCCGCCCGUGGUGGCCGGGGACGAGGGCGGCGGCGGCGGCGGCGGCGGAUCAGCUGGACAGUCUUAUUACAAUCCCAAAGGUACUGAUAGAAUCAAAGAUGGACACAAAGUGAACUCACACAUAGCCAAGCUGCAAGAGGUAUGGAAAACUCCUCAAAUUCAAAUUCACAUCUCUAAAUCAAUGAUGGGUGCAUCCUUUCUAAAGCAUCCAGAUCUCACCAUGGGCCAGAAGCGUUAUCUGUGCAGCAUUGCUAAGAUCUAUAACACAAACUACCUGAGGACAUUCAUGAAGGGGCAGUACAUGAAUGUGAUUCAGCGCAGCUCAUUAAAGCCAGGUGUCCUCAUUCAUCACAGGAGUCGCCUCAGCUCUCGUUACUCACAGAGACAGCAUUACCCCUGCACUACAUGGCGACACCAGAGGGAAAGAGAGGACUCUUUUAGCGGCGCAGCUGCAUCUGCACCUGAAAUGAUCAUCCAGCAUUCUCUUUGGCGGCCAGUGAGAAACAAAGAAGGGUUAAAAACUGGAUAUGCAUCUAAAAUAAGAUGUAAGUCACUGAAGAUUUUCAGAAGACCAAGUAAACUGUUCAUGCAAUCAGUUUCUUCAAAUGAUUCUGGAUCAUACAUGAAUGAAGAAAAAAAGGAAGAUGAUCUGUUAAACAAAUGUAUGCAAUCAAUGUCCAUUGAAGAACAGGGAGAACACCUAAUGUUAACCUGAUAGUCUCGUUACUGAAUUCACACAGCAGCUGAUAUCCAGACAUCAUGCCAAAGGGGUCGUAAAUUGUGCCCUGUGUGUAGGAUAGUGUUAUUCACCAUUAAGUCAUCCAUUUGGUUUGUUCAGAAACUUUCACAAUUAUAAUUGGUCUGAUAUAGUUCCAUGUACCAGUGCCAUUUGUGUAACAGAAUUUAUGUGUAAUAUAUGCUUGUAUUUCUGUCUGGGUAAAUUAUAAUUUUUCUUGUCACUUAAAAUUGAAUUAUUUUUCUUUAAAUCUGACAAAUGCAUUGUAUAAUUCUUCUGUGUACAAUAAAUUCUAAUAUGGCAACAUUA